AUGCGCCUAUCAUCUAUGCAACGCAUGGCCACCGGCUUAUCAGCAUCACCAGCACAACUAGCAACACAACAAGCGCGGGGUCACAGUCAGAACAAUGUCGCCGCCGUCGUCGCAAGAGGUCCUUCUCUGGCAACAGUAGCCGCGAAACUUGUAUUGCUAUGUGCGGUCGGCACGGGACUUGUUGGUGGUCCCCUCGGUGUCAAUGGCCAGACCUUGACCACGGCGACGACCGCAGCAUCGGCCGCAGUAGCAUCCGCAGCUCCGUUGGAUAUCGCAACUCCGACUAGUACCACUACCGCCGAUCACCACAAGCAUGGAUACUCCUCCGACUCCGCUCCCGCCUCUGUAUCCGGGUCCGAUGUGAUCACAUCUCUGGUCAAGCCGGCUGCCGAGCCCACAACCGCCUCUGUUUGGGUUCCUGGGUUUAUGCCGCAUGACUUGGAGGAGUUGAGGGGCAGUAUUGUCAGCAGUGACGCAUCCAUGACCGCCUAUACCAUGUUCUGCGCCGAAAUACAGCCAAACUGCGCCAUGUCCGGCGAUGCUCCCUUUGUGUUCACAGAAGGCCCCAAGUCCUUCAAGUACACAGGAGUAGCGGAGCCAACAUUCUCACAAGAGAUGCACUGCAGCUUCAAUGGCACCACCUCCGCCGUCUGUGCCGGCACCUCCUCAGUUGGCUCGCGCUACGUCGUGAACGGCGUCACGGGGCCCGCGUCAACCACUUGGACAAGUACUUACAGCAGCUCCAACAUUACCUGGGCCGCCUUGACGCUCGCUACGCCCGGCCCCUUGGUUGGCACCACGGACAUUGACGGCACGGCGGUGGCGUCGGCGACUGGCGAAGAUCCUGAUAGCAUUUUGGGAAGCGAAGGGCUGUUCGCCCCCACGGGUGCGCCAAAGAACGGCGCUGCUGCGGGUUUGACGGAGAGGAUGGCUCUUUUGGGGGUUGCUGUUGCGGGUGUAGUUGGAGGGAUGUUGAUGGUUUGA